GGACAUCAUUGUUGGGGGUAAAGACGGCAAGGGUGGCAGGCAGAGGUUAAAAGUUAGAGAUAUAUGAAUCAUCAAUUUUAUUAAUAAGAAAAUAUAAUCAAUAUUUUGGAAACCGGCUGUCCAACCGGUUGGACAUUGACUUCGAUGGGUACACUGCCUCAUUUUUUUUUACAAUUUUAAAAUUUGUUUUCACAUAAACCUUCAAGACCCUCUAAAGCCAUGGAAAUUUAAAUUUUAAACGAAGCCCAACCUCCACAGACUGCUCAACCAAAUGUUGAGGCUAUUGUUUUCAUUGGCAACCAGGAAUUCAAUCGUUUUUCAAGCACCCAUAAUCCCCAAACCCGGAAACCCUACAUCCCGUUCUCACUGCGUAACCCGGACUUCCAACCCUGCAAUCCAAUUAAUUCUUGAAGAAGCCGAGGAAGACAACCAGUCUUCGCAGGAGCCUAUUCGACGGCCUUCUCCUGGGAAUGGAAAGAUUCCGGGAUGCAGAGAAUCUGGCUCCGAUGUUCGAAAUGCAUCUCACCCUUGGCCGGAAUGGGUUGAUAUGAUUGAAGAGUUAGUCAAGAAUGGAUAUUUCCCCGGAGACGGCAAUCCCUUUCCUAGAAAUGAUGAGUCGCGCAACCAAAUACUCACUGCUUGUUUGAAGUUCGCUCGCGAUAAAUUUGAUCUUGUGAGAUACCUGUCACGAAAGGAUAUUGAAGUGAUUGCAGAAGCUGGAUGCCCUAGUAUAGAUAGAAAAGUUGUCAACUCUGGGAAGCGCCUAAGGGCACAUCUCGGCAUUGAUGAGGGAAAUGUGUGCAGCUCCUGCACACUGCGUGGGAACUGCGAGCGGGCAUAUGUGAAGGUACACGAGGAUAAAGGUGGGGGACCCACUGUGGAUGUGAUGCGUUUUCUACUGACGUACGGGCUUGAUCCAAUAUUUUGUCGAGUAGAGAACACACCCUUCCUAGACAAAAGAGUGCAGGAAUCAGUAAGAAAGUUACUGAAAGAAACUGUGGAAUUCAGUAGAAGGGCAGUUGGUGGUGGUAACGAGACCCAGAGUGAUGUUAAAGUUAGGUGGUCUUCAACACAAGAAAUUGCAGAAAAUCAUAGAGACAGCCCGACGAAUGUUCAACUGAAGCCAGGCGAUUGGUUAUGCACAAAUUGCAAUUUCUUGAAUUUUGCAAGAAAUAUCAAAUGUUUAAGCUGUAACGGACUGUCCCAAGAACGAGUCCGCAAUCUAGGGGUUUUGCAGCAGGACAAUCUUCCAUUGAAGAAGGGAGACUGGAUCUGUGACAAGUGUAAUUUCUUGAACUUUGCAAAGAAUUCGAGGUGCUUACAGUGCAAGGAGAACCCACCAAAGCGAUUGCUUCAUCCUGGAGAAUGGGAGUGCGAAUCGUGCAAUUACAUAAACUUCAGGAGAAAUAUGGUCUGCUUGAAAUGCGACCAUAGAAGACACAGAGCAUCACAUUCUGUAAGUGAUCACCAUAGCCGCGCUCCCUAUCUUGGCACAGAGAAACUGUUCAGAGAUGGAGCUGGUAUGUCGUCAUUCUCAUUGGAACGGGAUAUGAGACGUACAGAUUUCCCUAUUUUAGGAGGCAAAAGUGCUAUUUCUCAGAAUGCGCGAAAAACCAGAGAAAUGCACAAUUGCAGCAGGGGAGGCAGAAGAGAAUGAAUGGCCUUGAACUUAUACGCCGCAUUGUUAAGCACCCCAAUAAGCGUUUGGAGCCAUGACGAAAUGGCUGACUGCUCGGCCGGCAACGAAAUGCUCAAAAUGCCAAAAUAUUUGGCCCUUUGUUUAGGGAUUAAAAGCUUCCAGUCUUGCAUUUCUUGCUGACAAUCUCAGAAUCAGCAGGCAGCAAGCUGUGGCAGAUGUAUUUUAAGGUGAACUGGAUUAUUUUUUUUUUUGCAAAUUCUUAUGUGCAACCAAUCAGGAGCGGAUCUAUGCAUGGGAU